AUAUUAUAUGUCGUUGACCGUAUCUUUGAGAAACAGCUGAGAUGCAAGGAGGGUAAUGAGGUGAUGUCUCUUAAAUUAUGGAUCAUCCUUUUCGUUCUGCGUGACAUCUAUAAAUACGUAGCAGAUCUCGUAGCGAAUGGUAGAAAUGCCCAUGAUGCUUGUCUUAUUUAUGUAAAACAUCUGCUGACAUGGGAACCUGGAGAGCAAGUGAGGAAGAACCUUGAUCUCCUUCUUCGAAAUGCCAUGAAAGCUUUUCCGUACCAUCAUUCGCUGUUAUAUGAGACGCUAGUCAAGGCCAUGUCCAAUACACCUUUCGGGCAAAGACCAACAGCCUUCGAAUAUAUUGUACAGGGACUGUUUGGGCAACGGCUUUUGAUGGCCAGCAAAUUUUGUGCCACAUGUGGAUCGUGCACUGCUAAGAAGCGGUGCCCUAAAUGCAAACUGUGCUAUUGUUCUGUCGACUGCCAGAAACUCGAUUGGCCCAUUCAUAAAUUGUGUUGCAAUUCAAUACGGGAGUGGAAUACUGCUACCGAUGUUAGGGAUACUAUAUCAUUAGAAGAUGUUCAAGCCGCGAUCUCAGAGAUAGACCACUAA